UUGAUAAUAGAUGAUUUCGUCACAAUGAUUAAAAACUAUUUCAAAAUUAAAAUAUAAAUUGUAAAUUUAAAGAAAUAUAAGGUUGUCAGUUGUAUUUUGUACCCCUUUUUGUUUUGCACGGAUAUAAAUUGAAAGUUCAGUUUUUAUUUUGUAUAACCCAGUGCGACCUUGGCACUUGCCAGUAUACAUUUAGUUUAUUCAAAAUUAAUUAUAACUUCUCACUUACCAGUAUGAAUGAAAUUUUGGAAAAUGAAGAAUCUACUGUAUUGAAAUUUGUUCAAGAUUUUUUUAAUAGCUAUGAUAAAAACCGUCAUAUACUCCACACAUUGUUCCCAGAAGAUGGUACAUUUAUUGUUCUUGGCAACCGCAUGGUAGGCCAUUCAUCAAUUCAACAAGCUAUGUUAACAAUGGCUACAACAACUCAUCAGCUCUUCAGCAUUGACAUUAAUAGUCUCGACAUGCAACUGCCAGAAAGAGUAUCAAUGUAUCAAGUACUAUGUGCAGGUGAAGUCGAGUUUGGAAGUGAUGCACAAAUACACGGAUUUACUGCUACUCUUUUAGUAUAUUUUCAGAGGCCCAAUAUUUUGAAUGUUGUAUCGUUUGAUGAACGAUGUCAAUGGCCUAAAUUGUCCUAGUGUUUAAAUAAAUAAAUGUAUAAAAUACCAAAAGGAAUAAAAAUGUUUUUAAUUUUAUAAUAUUAGUAAUAUUACACAUUUACAAUGGCUAUUUUGUUUAAUGAAGCAAAAAAAUUAAUGAUUGUUAAUUAAAAAAAUGUUGAGCAUAGAAUUAUGUAUAUAUGUACAGACAAUUCAAUUUUUUCCACUACAUAAUAUUAUAAUAUUAUAAUAAUAAAUGUUUAAUUCGUUUCCAUGGGUUUUCAGAGGGCGCCACACGUUAAGCAUUUUAUAGUAUUAGAAAAGACUAGCUGAUCCUGUGCACUUUGUUGCCUGGUAAUCAAUAAUUAUCAUUAUUAUAGCUUCAAAACACAUGGCAACCAUUUAUAAACAAAAAUUUCAAUCAGAACUCUCAAAAUUCCUGUUUGAUCACCUCCCGGGGUUGGUCCUCUCCCUUUUUUAAAUUAACCUAUCUUCUGCUUAGAGGUCUAAUCUAUCUAUAUAUACAAAAAUAGCUGAUCCCAUGAAAUUUGUUGCCCAUCAAAAAUACCAAUUCUAUAUGAAUUACAUAUUACCAUGGCAACCAUUUAUGUACAAAACCUUAAAUCGGAAAUUUCAAAAUAAUAUAUAAAUGGUUUCCAUGGUAAUAUGGACACACAGACACAUACAUUAAUUUAUAUUUAAUAUAUAUAUAGAUUAACAAAUUGUAUGCAUUUUAUAUUUUAAAUAAUUUUCAAAAUUAUAUUUGCAAUAAUUUAAAAAUAUAACUGAAUUAUUAUUUUAUUA